AUGGCUCGUAGGAUGCUGAAGCUGUAUAUUGAUUGUCUUGAUAAAUAUCCUGCAUUAACAAAGUAAAUUUUAUAUCAGAAUGCUUACUGGAGUUUCUCUUGUCGGCGGAGGAGACAUCAUUGCUCAGAAAAUUUUGGAAAGAAAAAGUGAAAUCGACAAGAAAAGACUAUUAAGCUUGUCCAUGUACGGAUUUUUCAUUGCUGGAGGAGUGGGGCAUUUAUGAUACCGAGGGUUAGACUAUGUGAUUGGGUCUCAGAUGUCAUUAAUGACUGCUUUUAAAAAAAUUCUCAUCGAUCAGGGGAUAUUCGCACCACUGGAAAUCAUAUUUUUCUUUGGAUGGACACAUUAUAGUAAGCAUCAGCCUAAUUCUCUUCAAGAUAAGAUCCAGGCUGAUUUAAAAGACACAUUGCUUGCAAACUAUAAGUUGUGGAUCCCUGGGCAAUUUUUAAAUUUUUACUUGAUACCAGAAAAACAUAGGGUCUUGUAUUCCUGCGUUUUAUGCGUCAUUUGGUAUUCUUUUAUUUCAAAUGUAUCUCAUACCGAUUCAAACGAAAGAACAAAAUUAUACAAAGUUAAAUCAUAA